AUGAGCUCGUCAAGUGAGGCAAAAGCCAGAAUCCAGGCUAGAAAGAUUCGCAAAGGCACACAUAGUUGCUGGGAAUGCCGCCGCCGAAAGAUACGAUGCCAGUUCUCAGCACCAGGCGACCUGGUGUGUACGCCUUGCAGGAACCGCGGCUCGAUAUGCCGCGGUCAAGAGGUCGCCGACGAAUCAGAGGCAUCGCAGCUGUCCAUGCGGCAUCUCGCACGGCGCCUCAGUAGGCUCGAAGAAUUGAUGGAGAAGCUUGCGGAACAGUCCACGCUUGGAUCAUCCACUGAUGUCUUCACUCAACACUCGCCCGGGUUCUCGUAUGUCAGCAUGGACGAGUUCGAGCAAUCACGUGCAACGAAGACGGGGGGCAACGCUGUUCGUCCCGGGGUGUCAACCUUCUCCAGUUCCUGCGACGCAGCAUCAUCCUUCACUUCUGGGACACCACAGGAGACCAACGUGGAUAUCGAUGGAGACCGUACCCUUGCGCUUUCGAAGACGCUAUACAAACUCUUCCCCACCCAGGGCGAUGUCAACGCCAUCCUCGAAGCCAGCGUCGGAUCGAUAUUUGUCACAAGAUUAUUUCAUCGCCAGGCGGACGUGGCGGACGGCAACUCAGAACCUCCGGAGGCCGUCGGAGCCAUACCGUCGCCGUCAAGCCGGCCUACUCUGCUUGCCAAGAGGCUUUUGCAGCUGGUCAUCUGCAUGCAGCAGAUUUCCCCAACGUUCACUGAAAUUGUUGACCGCGUGGAUAAAUUUAUCACUGCUGAUCGGUUUGUGUCUACAUUCGAAGGACUGGAAUGCCUACUGCUCUUAGGCUAUUGGCAACAAAACGCGGGCAACCUCAGGAAGGCCUGGAUUAUCUUCCGAAGAGCUCUCAAUGUUGGACAACUCAUGGGCAUUAACACCGCCGCAGGCCCCCCUCCGAGCACGCCAUUCUCAAGCCGAUAUCCGCCGUCGCCGGCUAUGCUAUGGUUUCGAUCAGUCGCUUGCGAUCGCUACCUGUCCCUGCUACUUGGUCUUCCAGCUGGCAGCCACGAUAACUCCUUCGCCGCUCCGCCACAAAUGGUCAGAGAUGCUCCCCGGGAGAAACUGGAGAAACUGCAUGCGGUGGUAUCGGAAAGGAUGAUUGAGCGCAACAAUUCUACCCAGGCACAGGCUUAUCGCUGGACCCAGCUGAUCAGUCGUGAUCUCUUAGCAGGUCAGGGCCUCAUGGGCGAAGAAUGGUGGAAACUUCCCCUCGUUGACUCUGAGCAAAGUCUGAGAUCGGUACCGGAGGUAGCAGGACGGAUUAUUCUGCAAAUGAAUCAUCAUUUGCUCUUGAUUCUGCUGCAUAUCCCGUACUUGCUAAAAAACCCCUCACCUCUUCAUGGCGAGCAAAGCAGCAAGGCUAUCUGCACCAGCUCGAGUCGCAAUGUUCUAGAGAGGUUCCGUGCCUUUCGGAACUUGAACGAUUCGGCAUUUUCUUGUCGUCACGUUGAUUACACCGCCCUAGUCGCGGCAAUGACGUUGCUGGUAUCGCAUGCCCAGCAUGGAGAGAGUAGGGAUCCAGCCAACGAUGAAAGCAUACACCGGAGCGCAGAUGAGGCACGGAUCACUGCGGUCAAGGACCGUAUGAAAGACCUCGCGUACUUGAACAGCGACAAGUUGUUCGAGGAAUCCUCGGAUAUCAUCGAUCGGUUGUUGCCUCUGUUGACCUCCCCAGAGUCAGAAUCUCCUAGCCCUCCUUCGCUAAACUAUCAACUUAUUGAGCUGCGAAUACCCUAUUUCGGCACCAUCAAGAUUGCGACACCCCCAGCUCAGCUGAGACCAGUGCACGAGACGAAAGAAGCGCAGCGUGUCGAGCCACUUGAACUGCGUACGGACAAGGACGCUAAGACACAGACGGUAUCCACAGAAUCUUCGCACCUAGCAAGCAGCGACAUGGAACCUGUGGUUCCAAUUCACUUCCAUCCUGAAAAUGACCAGAACAGUUUCAGUGCGACUGAUAUCACCGCCGGGGCAGACGCAUGGCCACUCCAGGGGAUAGAUGCGACUUACUGGGCAUUACUUCAAACGGAGUGGAAUGCGUGACGCGUCAUUUAAGCUGGGAAACGAUCCUAAGGAAUUGAAACUCGAAAAUACUGCACUAAAUAUACAAUGAGAAAG